UGGAUAACGAUGGUUUCACGAAACUCUUACAGCUUUCCCAAGUCGGUAUUCAAAUUCCUUAUUGUCAUGCCAAUGUUAUUAUUGCCGAGCCCUGAACCCUUUUCUUUCUCUCUUUCUCUUUAAACUCUGCACAAUGUCGUUUGGUACCGAUUUAAAGUGCCAAGUACCCGCGAUUGUUGAUUAUAUUUCUGAUGGCAUACAACAACUCAACCAGUUCCGAAACUUUGUGAGGGAUCGAUCACAAAUUGAAAAGGACUAUGCACAAAAGCUCGACAAUCUCGCCAGAAAAUACGCGCCAAGUGUAAAAAAUAAUAACGCCGAGCAAGCAACUAUGGGUGAAGACGCUGAGUGGGCAGGUGCAGAUUCGAGUACGGCCAACGCAGCAUGGUUUAGUAUUGUGGACCAAACAACCCGGAUCGCAAAGUGUCAUUAUCAGCUAGUGGAUGAAUUGAACAGUGGUAUCAUUGAAGUGUUAAAGGCAACAGGGGCAAGAAAGGAAGAUGCGCGAAAAAAGCAUGUAGCUUUCUAUCAAAAACUAAAAGCCGAACGGGAUAAGACAUAUGCCGAGAAAGAUAAAGCAAAGUCAACAUACCAUGACGCUUGUAUGGAAAUUCAAAAUGUACGGAACAAGAUGGCUAAAAAUGCUGGAGGAGAUCAAGACAAGUAUCGAAGGCAAUUAGAAAACGUAGUACUUGAAUGCAAUAACAAAAAGAACACCUACUUGUUGUCGCUAAGUACUGCUACUGCCGAAAAGGAGAAAUACUUUGAAGAAGAUUUACCCAUUCUUGCCGAUCAACUACAAGAUCUAGAUAGCACACGCGUGCUUGCACAACAGAAAAUGUACAGAGAAUACAUUGCAAAAAUGAGCGCCACAAUUGCACAGGUGCAGAGCCACUAUACGGAUGCAUUGGCGUCGGUCGAUCAAAUAGAUCCUAGAGCAGAUGAGAGCAUGUUUCAAGGAUCAUUGGAUCCAAACGAGCAACGAGAACUAGGCGAACACGCAACAUUUGCGUUUAUGCCCUGGAACGGUGGUGCCAAUGCGGCAGAGACAGCUGUGGAUACUGUAGAUAGUCUAAUGAUCGAUGAGCCUUCGGUGAUCUUUUUGAAUAACAAGUUGAUUAAGGAUCGACGACAGUUAGAUAUAUUGGGCGAUGAGCUAUCUCAGAAUUCGGCCAGGAUGAAUGAGUUGGAGACAGUGGUGAAUGGUAUAUCCGAUCGUACAUCGGCUGAAUAUGAUCAUGCGAGAGAGCGACUCGCAGAAGUGACUCGAAACAUCGCAAUGCUAUCCACUCAGAAAGCACGAGUCAAGAGCGAAGUGGAUCUGAUCAUCCAUAACAUUGGAGAUAGCGGUCUAAGUGCUCAAACGCACAAUUUUAAGGCUUCUUCUUUUACUAUUCCAACCACGUGUGAUUACUGUAAUAACACUAUCUGGGGUCUGUCAAAGCAGGGCAUGACAUGCAAAGCAUGUGGUUUGAAUUGUCAUGCCAAGUGUGAAAUGAAAGUUGCACCAAACUGUUCUCGAGUCAAGGGCAAAAUCGAUCGUUAUCAUCCAUCUCCCGCGCCACAACCUAGUCCGUCUGCAACACCAAGAUCUUCCAUGACUACAAACAACACCACCAGCGUACCUACAUCGCCCAACACGCCACGAGGAGCAGCGACGAUUGCCGUUGAGUCGGCACUCAAAGUCUGUGCUCUCUAUGACUAUAAUGCACAAUCGUCAGAUGAGUUGUCAAUUACUGAGGGUGAGGAGCUGAAGAUAAUUGGAUCAGAAGAUGAUGGCGAGAACGGAUGGUUAAAGGUAUCAAGAGGUAGUCAUGUAGGCUUUGUCCCUGCAAACUACAUCACAUUCGAUCAAUCAUCAUCACCACCACUAUCACACAAGAGCAACAACGACAAGAGUAAUAUCAGCGACGAGGACGAGGUCAUGUCUAAUGCAAAAACACCAUCGCCACCUGUACAACAACAACAGCAGCCAGUACCAAUACAAGCAGCGCCUGUUAGCCCUCCAUUAGAUACACAAAGUCCACCACCAUCACCACCGACCUGUGAUUAUGUAACGGCGCUGUAUGAUUUCGAGGCCGUCAAUAACGAUGAGCUGAACCUUCAUGAGGGUGACAAAAUCAUGGUCAUCAAAAAGGAUGAUAGCGGCUGGUGGGAAGGAACUGUCAAUGGACGUUCUGGAGUCUUUCCAGCAAAUUACGUCCAGUAGAAAAAAAAACAAAGGCCAAUCCUUUGCACAUAUUACACGUUCUUUCUUCCCGCCUUUCCUCUUAUUUUAUAUCUCAACCUCUCUCACUCUUUUUGCCAUAUAGUUGUCAUCAAGCUAGUACUUGAUGACAAUGCUUAUUUAUAUUACCUUAUCAAACACCUUUCUCCGCCAUCAUCAUCGAUCAUCAUCAUUCUAACUUUUCUGCUAUAUCUUCUUCUUUACUGCAUGUACAUAUAUGAAAUAUAUUUACUUUUUUGCGUCUCACCCAAAA